AUGACACUUCCGAACGGCAAUGGCAGCGACGCUUCGGUGCUGCACUUUGAUGCUGCGGGAGUGCCACGGGGCGGUGCAGCUGAAUGCGCCUGCUACCAGCCACCUAAGCCUAGGCCUUUGACCUUUGAACGUGCCCGUCCCUCCGCCGGCGUGGCGGAGCCUCCCGCUGUGUGCCAGCGCUGCGGCUGCCUGGGAGAGGAACAUCGGGAGCUGCAAAGGUGGUAUGAUGUGGCCACUCGUUGGAUUGAACGGAUGGGCAUUCAGCGACGUCCCACCAGAGGCCUUCCUGCAGAAGCUCAGCACUGGGAGCCCCAGGUGGCGGUCCUGUGGGCCAUCGCUGGUCGAUCCUUUGACCUGGGGCCCUUCGGAAAUCCAGCAGAGCAAGAUGAUUACAAUGAAGAUCGUUUCUGUGGAGAUCCUCAUUUGGUGUCAGCCCUUUGUGUGACCAGCCAGGGCAGGCAGGCGUUUCACCCCCUGCUCUAUGAGAACUUCCGGCGACAAAGCUAUGAAGCCAAAGAGCUGAUCAUCAUCGACAGCGGGGCUGAACCAUCAGCCUUCAUGUUGGAGAGGAAGGCUGAAGAUGCCAGGGUUUUCUACUACUUCUUCAAGGCCGAGUCGCUCUCGCCUGGCUCCCCUCGGCUUCCGGAGGAGGAGAUGGAUGCCAUUUGUUCAUCGGUCCUGCGUGCCGAUGACCCUAUGGAGUGCACGGAAUGGACGCGAAAGCGGCCCUUUGCAACCGAGGUCAAGAAGGAGGGGUGGACCAAAGGCUUCAAGCGGAACCUGGCGUGUAUGAUGGCAAGAGGUUCCACGCUGGUGAAUCUGGAAGAUGGUUGCUUGUAUGCUGAGGACUACUUGGACACUAUGCGCAAGGAACUGCUCGCUGUGAAUCACAGCCCGUCUGAAGCAGCUGCCGUGGCGCUGCAGAUGUGGCAUACGGUGGCCCUGGCGAACCAGACCUUUCGCUGGGUGGAUCUCGGGGUUCGCGACCCGCAGCUGCCCGAAGCCCUGCCCAAAGCUGAUCGCUGGGCGCAUGGCUUCGCGCACGCCUAUACCAGGGCCGCUUGGUUGAAGCAGCCUUUCCCGGACAAAGAAGGGCCGCAGGACAUGCGCUUCAUGGAAGCUUUGCAGAGCCAACGAAUCAAGGUAGCCCUGGCAACCUCCGACGUGGCGAAGGCCGCCUGUGGCUGGUGCCUGCCACAGCCAGCAGCGAAGGAUGCAGCCACGAGCGUUAAUAUGUAUUCUGAGCUGCUGCUGCUGGCUGGUCGUGGGCAGCCUGACGUGGGCGCUGCAUGGUCGCCCCUGCUGCCCAUGGUGGAAGCCGCAGUGGAGGCCGAUGAAAUUCACUUGCUGCAGGCCAAGUCUGAGGAAGACCCGAAGAACCCGAAGUUGGUGGCUACAGAGGGCAAGGGUGAAAAAGGUCCCGACUUCUCCAAGAUCAUGGAUGCGGCGCGCGAAGCGGUGAAGUCUGGGAUGACCAAAGUCACCUCGCAGAUUCUGGGCAUGGCUGUAUGGCUGGUGGGACGAAAGAUGUUGAAUGGUCAUAUUUCACUCCGUUCACACAGGUUAGGAGGUAUUUAG